UCAGGCUUUAGGACCGCGCGGAUCACGUUCUCGGUUGGCUGUGGCUCGGUGUGAACCGUUGGUGCUCCACGGCCACGGUACAGAUAACACCUGGCUGACGGACGAGGCUACAUCUUAUCAUGUAGCUGGGCAGCUCUGGGACGUUACCCGACAAACCUGUUCGUUUUCCCCUUUACGUUAUGCGGACAAAAAUGAUUUGAGGAUGGCCAAGCGACCGGGGACUGAGGAUGGGAUGGUGACUUCGCCCACCGUUCUCCGGAAUUUCGCCGCCGAUUUGAGCAUCGGAGACGUGAACAUGGACUGCAGCGACGGAGCCGAGGAGCUCUCUUUAGAAGAAAUCCUGGCUUUGUACAGCCAGCCGAUAAACGAGGAGCAGGCAUGGGCAGUGUGUUACCAGUGUUGUCGGACUUUAGCGCAGAAACACCGGAGGAGAAGCUCCAAGUCUGCCGUUGCCUCAUCAGCCGAGCACCCGAGAAGGAUUGAGGGACCCGGGAAUGUGAGGCUCGGGAGAGACGGGACUGUCAAACUGCACUUUGAAGACAACGCAGAUAAAUACCAGUCGGCCCCUACGUCAUUAGAGGUUAUUGACUCACUGGGUGUCAUGAUCUACAAAGCUCUAGACUAUGGCCUCAAAGAAAACGAAGAGCGCGAGCUCAGCCCGCCGCUGGAGCGCCUCAUCGACAUGAUGACCAACACGGAGGAAACGGAGAGUGACCCCUGUCCCGACGAGGGCUACGAGGCCACAGAAGAAGAGGAUGAAUGCGAAGAAGAGGAGGAAGGGGACCUCGUGUCUGAUGGCUCCAGCAGUACAAUCAGUAGCAUCCGGAGCUAUCGAGACAUCAUCAUGCUAUGUUCUUCCCACCUACCCAGUCCAUCAGAUGCCCCCAUCCAUUACCAGGCUGUGUGCCGGGCUCUGUACGCCGAGAGCAGAGAACUGCGCACUUUCUUGGAGAAGAUCAGGAGUGCCAAGGAGAACCUUCGGAAGAUGGAAGGGGAGACUCAGGAAGAACCUGUUAAAGACCUCGAUGAGCUGCAAAAUGCAGACUGGGCACGGUUCUGGGUACAGGUGAUGAGAGAUCUAAGACACGGUGUAAAAUUGAAGAAGGUCCAGGAGCGCCAGUACAACCCACUACCCAUAGAGUACCAGCUCACACCCUACGAGAUGUUGAUGGACGACAUCCGUUCAAAACGUUACAAGCUGCGAAAAGUCAUGGUGAAUGGGGACAUUCCUCCACGGUUAAAGAAGAGCGCACAUGAGGUCAUUCUGGAGUUCAUCAGGUCACGACCUCCUCUCAACCCUGUCUCUGCUCGCAAACUCAAACCACACCCUCCGCGUCCCCGGAGCCUUCACGAGCGACUGCUGGAGGACAUAAAAGCGGAAAGGAAGCUGAGGCCGGUUUCACCCGACAUGAUCCGCAGAAACCGCCUGGUCAUGCGACCCCUUAGCAUGUCUCACAGCUUUGACUCAUCAGGUGCAGGGAAAAGCAUCAGCACUCCUCAGGACUUGUUCCGCAGCUCAGACACUCCUGAUGCUCGGAGGAAGUUGACCUGCAGCACCCAUUCACUGUCCAGCAGCACAGCAGGACCAAAUCAGGGCGGCGGGCAGGCGCUUAGCCAGAGAAAGAGGGUGCUCAAAGCGCCCACGCUGGCAGAACUGGACGGCUCAGAUUCCGAUGAGGAAACCACACGGAGCAGCUCCAGCAUGUCCACGUCUUUGAUAGAAGACACGUCUCCUGACUCCGUCGCAGCCACGAAGGCUCCAAAGUUCCUGCCUGUCUCCGCCACUCCACAGCCAGACAAGCGACAAUCUUCACAGAGGCGGCACUCUAUCGAGAAGGAGUCCCCUACCAGCGUCAGGCCUUUCUUACCACCAUCCAGACAGAGCUCAAAGUCUUUGCUAAUGACGGAUCCCAGUGGCAAGGUGGAUGCCGGCAGUGGCGCUCAGGGCUCGGAGGAGUUCUGUUAUCCGGCGGAGUGUUUGGCUCUGACGGUGGAAGAGGUGAUGCACAUCAGGCAGGUCCUCGUCAAGGCCGAGCUGGAGAAGUUUCAGCAAUACAAAGAAGUCUACAACGCUCUCAAGAAAGGAAAGCUUUGCUUUUCUUGCAGGAUUAAAAGGUUCUCCAUCUUCACCUGGUCCUACACCUGCCAGUUCUGCAAAAGACCUGUGUGUUCCCAGUGCUCGAAAAAGAUGCGGCUGCCGUCUAAGCCCUAUUCCACACUGCCUAUCUACUCUCUGGGUCCCAGUGCUGUGGUUAAAGAAGACACGGGCACAUCUGCCCCAGCUGAGCCAGACAAGCAGCCGUUUGGGUCUGCGCACACCCGGCACAGUCUGCGCAGAAGGUUGUCCAAGCACAGCAUCAGCAAAGACGGGCGGUCGCAGGAUGAGCUAGAGCUGCCGAAGGAGCUCACUGAGGACUGGGUCACCAUGGAGGUCUGUGUGGACUGCAAGAAGUUCAUCACAGAGAUCAUCACCUCCAGCAGGCGCAGCCUGUGCGUGGCCACCAAGCGGGCCCGCCUCAAUCGCAGAACCCAGUCGUUCUACAUGUCGUCGUCCAGCUCUGUCAACUUCAGGCCUUCGGAGCGAACCAUCAAUGAGUUGUAGAACAUCGGACUGGUCGGUGCACUUUAAGUUAAGCUUUGUCAUUCAAUUAAAAAAACAAAAACAAAUAAAACAACAACAAAAACAACAAAAAACUCCAAAACAAACAAAAAAAACCCUCCCACAGUGAUGUGUGUACAUAAAGUGGAGUUUCGCUAAGAAGUGACCAUGUGGCCGGUCCAUUCCAAGCUAAAGCUAGUAAAGUUUCUGAUACUUCAUCCUCCUCUCAGAUUGGCUGAGAGGAGGGAUGCAGUGUGGGUCACAGAGAGCAGCCGAGCUUCUGCAUGUGGGUGACGUUAUCGAGCUGCUGAUGUCACCAUCAUGAACCGGGGUAAGGAUGAGUGGGAGCGAAUGACACAGAAAGCCAAAAGGUGCAGUGGUAUCGUGUAAAUAGUUCAAAGGCCCAAUCAUAGUAGGUUUUCCAGUUCCUGUUUACGUCUAGCACUCAGGAAGAACAAACGAUUGUCUUUUGACAGAAAUGCACUGUAGAUCCUCCCGUCAGGUCUGCUGGGGUAGAUGUCUGCCAGUCCCCUGCCCCUCUGAUUCUUCCAGCAACACUUAUGCCAAAAGUUACAUCUCUUCUUUUUUUUUUUUUUUCUUUUUUUAAAAAAGCCAGUUUAAAUGUAUAUUUGCUAUGAUCUCAUGUGGCUGAUACAGCACGUUGAGGGGUUAAAAAUAGCCUGGUUAUUUUUCUGGGUGGGUUUUAGUAUUUAAUUAAAUGUAUAAUCAAUUCUGUGCCUGGUGCCAAAAUGUAAUUUCUUUCUCUGAAUGCCUUUUGUAGUUACGGACCUACUGUGCAUAAGGUUUGGUUUCUCACCAUUCAGGCUGGCAAUAGAAGCACAGGCGUGUUGGGUUCGUGAGUGUGUACAUGUUGUAUAUCUUAACUGUUCCAAAAUUUGAUUUAAUAUAAAUCUGUAACAAAGUAUAAUUUUACCACGUUUUAGGAUUUCUGCCUCAAGAGUUUCUUUAUUGGAAAAAGUUGUUUAUUAUUAUUAUUAUUAUUAUUAUUAUUACUAUUAUUAUUAAUGUUAUUAUGUUUCUGUCAAUAUAAUAAAGUUUUAUUUCUGUUCUUGUAUAGUUUAUAAACUUCUCAGUGUUAUACCCUUCUAAAUCACAAAUAGCACUUUUACUGGAUCAAUUUAUUGUUUAUUUUUGUUCAUUUAUGUCUUAAAUGAUUAUGAUUUAUAAUGUUUUGUUUCACCUCUUGGGGGUUCAUAGUGCCAUUUUCCCCACAGUUCAUGAAUGAAAAUGUGUUUGAGCGACUUCUGGCUGCUUCACCGGAAGGACUAAUUACUGAAUCCACUAGAAACACACCACUGAAUUGAAUGUAGGCACUUUAAGUAUAGGACUGUCAUCCUUUACCAAUAUUUUAGCCUUUUCAAAUCACACAGUCUCACACGUGUUCAAAGUGUGUGUUUUGGGAGUAAAAAAAGUUGUUACAAAAUGAACACAAAUCUUAACCAGGCUGUUCGACGAUGAUGCCAUGUUCCAAUGAAAUAGUCCAUCUGAUAAGUUUUAUUUUAGAGAUCUGUAAAGGAACGUGUGCAUGCUGUA